GUGCAGGUGUGUGGGUACAGGUGUGUGUGGGGGGGAGUUAGAGUGGGUUGGUGCGCUUGGCGAGGCUCACACAGUACAGGACUCGCAUCCCUCAGUGCCGCUAGCCACGCCAUCUCACGCACAUCGCAAUUAGCAUCUUAUUUCUCACAGAUCUACAUUGGAUUUAAAGUCAGCAAUGUCACGUGGUAGGGAACGUGAUCGUCGCCGCUCUCGUAGUCGCAGUAGGAGCAGGAGCAGGAGUAGGGGGCGCAACAGUGUUCCAAGUCGUAGAGAAGGAGUUGUAUCGGAUGUGACAUCUGAUCCAAAGACAGUUAACGCAAGAAUCUUUGUUGGCCGUAUCAAUGUCUCCAUGACAAGAGAGAUGUUAGAAGAACAUUUUUCACAAUAUGGAAAAGUGGUUGGAGUGUCAAUCACCAGAAAUAAAUUUGGGUUUGUACAGUUUGCAGACGAAGAGGAAGCCACAGCCUGUCUUGAUGCAGGCAACUUAGCUUACAUCAAAGGCCACAGAGUAGAUGUAAAACCAGCCAAAUUUGGUGGAACAGUGGGACUAGGUCCCGUUCCUGGAUCAAGACGACGCCAUGACAACAGUAGAGAAAAAUCCCCUAUGCAAGGAAGGGGCGAUGACGACUAUUAUAGUGACUAUUAUGGACGCAGCAGUCGUGGGGCCAGUAGAGAUCGUGAACGUGAUAAUCGAAGUCGGGGACACUACGACGAAAUGAUUGACGAUUAUUACCGAGGCUACUACCAGCGAUAUGACGACGUGUAUCAGCGCCCCAAUCCUGCAGUCAUCGAUGGUCGGCCUCCACCAGUUCCUGGAUACGGUGGCUACUCAGAACCAAUUGAUCCACUUGAUCCUAACAGACCCAAUGAUGUGGAGAUUGUUGUCCCAAAUAAAAUGCAGAGGUAUGGUGACCAGAACUACACUCCAUAUACCAGGGAUUAUGCAGAGAGCAUUGAAGCACAAUUGAAGGCAUUAAAUUUGAUUGUGGACCUGUUAUUUCCUCCUCCGGACAUUGCUCCAUCACAGGUGUUGGCGGACCUGAGCCAAAGAAGAUGUCUUUAUGCCAUCUUUGUUACAGGAGAUAACGAGAGCCACCGCUCCCUAACACUCAACAUUCUUCAUGGCACUCCUCAAGAACACCGCAACAUGCCGGUUGACGAUGCUUUGCGUUUAAUUGAACAAAAUUUUGGAGAGUAUGUCAAGAAAGCUCGGCAACGGAAUAUUCGUGAGGUUGUCCCUCGAGAUAUUCGCAAUUUGCUGCAUGAUUUACUCGAGAUGCGUCCCCUCUCCAUGGGUGACUUGGACAAGUUGAUCAAGUACUUGAAGGAACGACAGAGCGUGCUGGUGGAUGACCAGAUUGAGCAGAAGCGAGAGACUGCUGCAGGAGCAAGUGCAAGCCGACCCAUGGCAGUUACAUACCCUGGCUAUAAUUAUGGUUCCAACACUGUUGUGGGUGAGACACCUGUCAGCCAGGGUACUUCAGCAGUAGGCACAGCUAAUGCUGCUGCUGUUGCUGCAGCUGCUGCAGCUGCGGCGGCUGCUGCUGCUGCUGCUGUUCCUAGCACUGUCAGUGUAGUUCCCCCAACAGCAGCAGCUGCAGCUGUUACUGGCAGUGCUUACCCAGGUUAUGCUGGUAUACCAAGUGUACAUAGUGGGCUGUAUAAUCCAUAUGGCAUUACCACACAUGUGCCAGCCACCCCAGUAGCUGCUCCCAUGAUGUCACAUGGAGCUGUAGGCGGUACAGGAAAUAAACAGUCCGAGUUACAGGAGAGGAUCCUUAAUUUGAUGAAGGGUACUACAGCUGCUGCUGGUACUGUGCCAACUGGCGUACCUGCCCCAACAGGUGUGCCCGCACCUACAGGUGUUCCAGCACCCUCGGGGGUGCCGCACCCAAGCAUGGUGCCACCUGUUUGGCCAACUGGCUUGUCCAGUAAUUCCAACAAGGCUGCUUCUACAAAUAUAAAACCCUCUCAGUCUGCCUCUCAGAGUCAGAAUUCGCUUUUUGCCGCUUACAAUCCAUGGAACCAAUGAGUGUUCUGAGAAGUGUGUGUAACGUGUUUGCUUGAAUUAUUAUUAUUAUUUUUAAUUUUUUUUUGGGGGGGGGUCGGGGGGGGGGUUUAUUUGUCACUGAAUGUUGAUGACAGCUGACACACUCAUUUUUUUACUCUGUUAGGAACAGUAGCACCUGUAGUGCUGCAUUUACUAUUAAAUACUAAUUUAGUUAUAUGAAUGCUGUCAGUAGGUACGAACUUGUUAAAAAGCAGAAAUAAUUUUUGUUUUCUUAAUUUGGCCAAAUUUUUAUAAUUAUUUGGGUAUUCAUGGCAUUAAUUAGUUUUAAGUUUGUGCUGUUACAAAGUAUUAAUUUUGAAAAUGAUUAUUACAUGAAGUUGUAUUCUUGUAGCUGAAAAGACUAGACAUUAUAUUAGAUAGUUGCUAAUACAGUAAUUAGACAUUCUUGACUGACAAGGAAAAAAUUUGACAACAUAUGUCAAAUAUUUCCAGCUCGUGUUAAAGAUAUGCUUUGGAAAGAACUUCACUAGAUAAAGGUUAAUUUGGAAUAGUCAUGUUAAUCAUCCAAAAUGAAGGGGCUUAAAUAUGAUAAGCUCAAGAUCAUGAAUUACAGACAUACUCUUGUUCUUCGUAUAUUGAUUUUUAUCAAUUUACAAUUUGAGAUUGAUAAUUUUGAAAGUUGUGGUAAUAAUUCUCUGACAUUUAAUUGAUUUUAUUAGAUAUCAAUAUGGAAAAUAAAAGUUUGUAGAGGAUCAAAAUUUUAACAGUUGGGUACUUUUCAGACGUUCGAUUAUUUGGAUACACUAAAAUGUAUGGAGGGUUUAUUCAAGUUUUGUUCAUGCAUUUACAUAUAAUUGUAUAUUUACUGGAAGAUGGAUAUUAUCAAAUUAUCAUAAGUUUGUCAACAUUUCACUUUAAAAGAAGCCAUGUGAAUGUGGCAAUUAAUAGACCUAAAUGGGGAGACGUGAGGUUCUGAGAACCUUGUAAUGUAUUUAAACAAAAUAAAUCUAAUAUUUUUGUGUGUGUGUGUGUGUAUGUGUGUGUAAAAAUUGGUUGCAUUUUCAUAUCUAUUUCUUGGCACUGAAGACAUUUUUUGUUAUAAAUUAUGCUGCUACUUUUCAUCUUGGCAUUUUAAUUUGGCCAAAUAAUCGGGCUGUUGCGUGCGGUUAUACCAGGCUUCCGCGAAUUUGUUUUACUUCCCAGAGAUGCAGCAUAUUAGCAUAGCGUUAGCUGUGCAGCAUUUAAUCGAAGAACGUUUGCGGAUUUCUCGUUUUAAACAAUUUGCUACAUCUGCGUUUUGAGGUUUUUCCGAGUUGCAGAGCUUUCCGUGCCAAUUAAUUAGACCCUUUUAUUUACAGCCAUAACUAGUGAUCCCCCAGCAGACUCAUCGAAAGAAGUUCCCCAACAGCUCUGCAAUUUUAGUGUGGAAUUUCUGUUACUACACUUUAGCAAUGCUGGGAUUUGUCAGCAGUGUAUAGUUUUGACGUCAAAGGAGGGGUCCAGGAAACUGAUGCGGGCACUCUUUAUGAUAAGUGAGAGAUUAUUAUAUUUAUACGAAAUCCGUUGAAAUACAAUAUAAUUUGAAAACUGCGCUAAUUUGUAUUUUUAUAUCGUAUUUAAAAUGCUGCCUUCUCUCCUAGCUCAUUUGUCUGCCUUAUUAUAUAUCUCACUCAAUUUUAGAGCAUGGAAAAGGCUACAGGUAAUACAGUACCUGUUUUAUGCAGAAAUUUGUUGCUUCUCGUUUUACAAAACAAUAAAUAAAACCUUUUUAUUUCAGGGUAUUGUGGUAUUGAUGAUAUAUUAAUUUAUUCUGAAGUCUAUGGUAAGUAUUCGGAUGGGAUGGAAAGAUGAAAAUAUCUUUCGGUAUCGUACAGCAAACUUUCCAGCCAUUUUUUAUUUUGUUUUCGUUUCGUGUCUUCGUGCCGUGAAGUAUCGGGUAUUUUUAACAUGUGAUGUUUUGUGUGUGCUAGAAAAUCAUGACCGCUAUAUCCGUGCCCUUUCUUUGCGCUCAUUUGACAUCGUGAUUUGUUUUGCCAGUGCUUACACUGUGAAUUACUUCCACUUCCACAUUUUUGUAUCCGUAAUUGGACAUCUGGAGAAAAUUAUAAGAGCCGUGUAUUGUUUACGUCUUGCCAGAACUGCAGCUGUGUGUUAUAAGCCUGAAAGGUUAUACUGUAUAACAUUCUGUAUUGACUAGAAGACUUGGAAAGAAAAUGUCUGCUGCUAGCAAGUUCCUUUGGUAAGAGGUAGGUAGUUGGUAUAUCAGCUUAUCAUCUAGAGUUCUAGACUGAUGGGGCGUUGAUAUAACUGCCUCUCGUCUAGACUGAUGGGGAGUUGGUAUACUGUAUCUGCCUAUUAUCUAGAUAGAUGGGGAAUUGGUAUAUCUGCCUAUCAUUUAGACAGAUGAGGAAUUGAUAUAUCUGCCUAUCAUUUAGCCAGAUGGGGAAUUGAUAUAUCUGCCUAUCAUCUAAACUGAUAGGUAGGUCAUAUCACUGUAUUUAGGAUUACUGACAGUCAGAUAUCCAGCUAGCAUUAGCCUCAUGAUAAAGAUCAAGUUUAUCAUUUUCUUAAAUAAAAGAUUAUGCUGCAGUGUA